UUGUAAUGGCAAACAUAUUCUGUAAGACUACAUAAUAUUUAUUCAACACUUCUAACUGCUAAUUAAGAACAUGAAAUGGCUCUCGAAAAUGAAUUGCUCUCUCAAUCAUCCCAAAAAACUAGAUCUAUUUUCCGCCAUAAGCCCAUUUUCAUAUAUGCGCCAACUGACCCUCUUCACCUUCCCGCCAAAUUUACAAAUUCUAAAAACUCUAUGCUCCGACGGUAAACUAUCAGAAGCCCUUUUAGAAAUGGCCAUUUUAGGCCUUGAAAUGAAAUUUGAAGGUUACGACACGCUGUUAAACGCAUGCCUCAAUCGAAGGACAAUUAGAGAUGGCCAAAGGGUCCAUGCUCACAUGAUCAAAACUUGUUAUCUACCGCCUCUAUACCUUAGAACUAGAUUGAUUUUCUUCUAUAACAAAUGCGAGUGUUUGGGUGAUGCGAGGCAAGUGUUCGAUGAAAUGCGUGAACGGAAUGUGGUUUCUUGGACUGCAAUGAUUUCGGCUUAUUCUCAGCGAGGGUAUUCCUUUGAAGCAUUGAAUCUUUUUCUGCAGAUGUUAAAAUCGGAUACCGAGCCUAAUGAGUUCACUUUUGCAACUGUAUUAACUUCUUGCAUUGGCAUUUAUGGGUUUCAUCUGGGAAGACAAAUCCACUCUCUUAUAAUUAAGAGCAAUUUUGAAUCCCAUAUAUAUGUUGGGAGUUCACUUCUCGAUAUGUAUGCCAAAGCUGGUAGGAUCCAUGAAGCUCGAGGAGUUUUUGAAUGCUUGCCAGAAAGGGAUGUUGUCUCUUGUACUGCAAUAAUUUCUGGGUAUGCCCAACUAGGUCUUGAUGAAGAGGCACUAGAGCUAUUUCGGAAGCUGCAGAUGGAAGGAAUGAGUACAAAUUAUGUUACUUAUGCCAGUGUUUUGACUGCAUUAUCUGGUCUUGCGGCGUUGGAUCAUGGCAAACAAGUUCACAACCAUAUUUUUCGGUUUGAAGUGCCCUCAUAUGUUGUACUUCAGAAUUCCCUAAUAGAUAUGUACUCAAAAUGUGGAAGCCUCACCUACUCACGCAGGGUCUUUAAUAACAUGUCUGAGAGAACUGUUAUCUCAUGGAAUGCUAUGCUUGUGGGCUAUAGUAAACAUGGGAUGGGCAGAGAAGUGAUGGAGCUCUUUGAAUUGAUGAGAGAAGAAAACAAAGUUAAACCUGAUGCUGUCACAUAUUUGGCUGUCUUAUCAGGUUGCAGCCAUGGUGGAAUGGAAGAUAGAGGGCUGGAAAUUUUUUAUGAGAUGGUGAAUCAUAAAGAUGGGUUUCGGCCAGAGAUUGAGCAUUAUGGUUGUGUUUCUGAUUUGCUUGGACGUGCUGGUCGGGUAGAAGAGGCAUUUCAGUUUAUUCAGAAAAUGCCUUUUGAACCUACUGCUGCUAUUUGGGGUUCUCUAUUAGGAGCCUGUAGGGUUCACUCUAAUGUUGAUAUUGGUGAAUAUGUAGGCCAACGUCUGCUAGAAAUUGAGCCUGAAAAUGCUGGAAAUUACAUCAUCCUUUCGAAUUUAUAUGCUUCUGUUGGGAGAUGGGAAGAUGUUAGAACUGUGAGGGAACGGAUGAAGGAGAAGGCUGUGACAAAGGAGCCUGGCAGAACCUGGAUUCAGCUUGACCAAACGCUUCAUACAUUUCAUGCAAGUGAUUGUUCCCACCCAAAGAGAGAAGAGGUACAUACAAAAGUGAAAGAGUUGUCAGUCAAGUUUAAGGAAGCUGGCUAUGCCCCUGACUUGAGUUGUGUUUUAUAUGAUGUGGAUGAGGAGCAAAAGGAGAAGGUACUACUAGGUCACAGUGAAAAACUGGCUUUGACUUUUGGGCUAGUUAAUACUCCUGAGGGAACGCCGAUUCGCUUAAUAAAAAACCUCAGAAUUUGUGUGGAUUGCCACAAUUUUGCCAAGUUUGUGUCCAAAGUUUAUGGGAGAAAAGUGUCUUUAAGGGAUAAAAACCGAUUCCAUCAUAUUGUUGCAGGAAUCUGCUCUUGUGGAGACUACUGGUGAUUUCUGAAGUCCAUUAAUGGAAAUGUAUUUUUAGCCAGCUUGAGAGUGCUAUGUGGGAUCCGUAUCUUAGAUUUUGGAUUGGAAGAGAUGUAAAUUGUAGAAAUUGGAGAAACAAUGAGAUGAAAAGGCAAGCCAUAUUUUAGAGCAAGGCUCUGCAAAUGUGGCAAACUGAGAAUGAUGUAAUUGUGGAUGCUGUGACAACUAUUGCCCUCACCGUUGGAUAUGAAAUAAUGUGAAAGUUUAUCGGAUAUGUCAUAU